AUGCAGCGCCUGAACCGCAUCCAAGGCCACCUCCAGACGCCAUCGCCGACCGAAGUCGUCGUCGUCGCGGCCACGCGCACGCCCAUCGCCAAGGCCAAGCGCGGCGCCUUCAAGGACACGACGCCGGACGUCUUGCUGCGCCAGGUGUUUGAAGGGGUCUUGAAGCAGACCAAGGUAGACCCCAAGAUCAUUGGCGACAUCGUCGUCGGUAACGUGCUCCAGCCCGGCUCGGCGGCC